UUGUCCCCCCAAUCUUCCCGCCCUUCCCCAUCUGCCCAUCCUUCGGCCCAUCUUUUUGCUCGGCACGCCGCACCCCCCUUCUCAACUUUCGCCUCUGGGUUCUUCCCCCUUCUCGGCGCUGCUGGACCGGGUAUCAAGUCAAAGGCCCGGACGAACAACUCAUCGUCCCAUCUUCAUCCUUCGCUUCUGCCCAAUUACCGCGCAGUACCAUACUCCCUCAUCCUCUCGCUGUCACUCGGACUGGCAUCGGAUAGAGUUUGUCCAAAAGCCGGGAAGCCAGAGCCAAAGCCUAGAGGGGAACGCCAGGGCCGAACACAGGCAAAGACGGGGCACAUUGUUGCAAACAAUAUACCACAGACCGCGGACGAGACAACCGGUCCACGACGCACCCAGCAGCAUUACAUGACAUACAAGACUGUUUCGGUCGGCAAGCCGGCGUCCAACCCAGUCUAUUAA